AUGUCACCACGAACAAAUUCACCACCACCUUCGUUAUAUGAAAUUUAUGAUGAUACAACAAAUGACUUUGGCUAUCAUCCACCACCAUUUACACAUGGAUUAAAUCAUACAACUAAUAAUGUCAAUAGAAAUAAUCGUGAUGUUCGUGGUAAUAUUAAUAUUAAUGGUGGUGCCAAUUCCAAUAACACCAAUAAUGAUAAUGAUGAGGGUGGAAUUCUUCGGCCAUUCAAUAUUCCAAGAAGAAUAUUUUCAUCAACAACGGCACAAUUCUUUUCAUUAAUCAUGAUAUAUUCAUUUUGUAUAACGGUUCUUUGGAUAAUAUUUUGUACAUCAUUUUUGCUUACUUUUUAUGACGAUACAUGUAGAAUAUUUCUUACUUCACGAGUUUGGGGAAGAGUGAAGAAUGGAGUUAGAGAAAGGAUAGCAAUGAUGGGAGAAGAUUGGGAAGAUUUUUUUCAAAACUUAUUUGAUCAAUUGUCAAAUUUGGAAGAUUGGUUGAGCACAUUGUUUAGAUUCAGGGUAGUAGUUGCAGGUCAAGGUAUUACUGAUAAAUUUAAGCAAGCUUUCCAAUCCAGAAAAAAUUCUACCACCAACAAUAAUGCUACUAAUCGCAAUGGUAAUGGCAAUGGUAACAAUAUCAAUAACAAUGAAAAUUCUUAA